AUGGCGGGUCAACAUGUCCCUGUGCCGAGUUGGGACGACCCUGCGGCUGAGCCGGUUGAUGGCGGCGGAGCCGCGGCUGGCAGAGCCGGCAUGGGAGCAACCGGCUGCGCCGGAGAUCAAGCUGGGAGUCCGACCCAGCCGCAGUUCGUGACACCUGGCUUCGGACUACCUACUGGAGCUCCACUUCAAGGCCUACAAGCUGGACUACCACCUCAGGGCUUUGGACAACAAGGGAUGGCGCAUCAACAGCAACAAGUCCCACUUCGAGGCCCAGUGCCGGGGAUGCCAACGAUGCCACAGAAUCUACUCCCGCAAGGGAUGCUGCCGAUGCCGCAAAUGAUGCCCGUGAUGGGACAAGGACCACAAGCGUUCCCAAUGAUGCCGGCAGCGCAGCAGAUGAUGAUGCCCACGCAGGUGCCCAAUCUACUGCCAAUGAUGAAUCCCCAGAUGAUGCCGGGAUCUAUGACGUCCAACCCAGGAUGGUGGAAUGUGCAGGAUAUGAUGGCAUCUGUAGCCUCAACUGGCUCAUGGACAUUGCCUCCUGCGAACAAAGGUGAAGUGAAGGGCAAGUCAAAAGGGGAGCAGAAGGGUAAGCCGAAGGAAGGGCCGGCGAAAGCAAGGCCGAAGAAGAAGCUCCCGCAGCCACUGGCCAAGACCAAGGCUGAACCGCCCGAUGACGGAGGAGAUGACGACUAUGAGUAUGAGUACACGUAUGAGAGUUACUCUGAGGCUGAGGAGAAUAACCCUGAGGAGGAGACAGCCACCAAUGACCCUACGCUGAGGUCAUCGCAGCUCAGCUCAAGGGCGGCCUCGGUGGAUGAGAGUGCCGUGAAGCGCGAGCAGGGCAGUCCACCAAAGACCAAAGCCCGAACUGCAGCGAAGUCAAAGCUGACGCCUAGCGGCAGUGCACCCGGCAGCGUCCGUGGUAGUGUUCCCGGCAGCGUCCGAGGAAGUGCGGCAGCGUCCUCUGAUGGCAGCGCCAAUACAGACGAGGUCCGACAACUCCUGCAGAAGAGUAUGAAGAGACAGGCUGCCGAUCGAGGAAGGCCAAACCUCACUUCGGUCAAGCUUGACCAGUUCAGAGGCAAUCGCACAGCCUACAAGGAUUGGAAGAAGACCCUCAAGGCUCAGCAGGCCUUGUACAAGCUGACGGAGGAGGAAUUAGCAGUUCUGGUGUACCUCAACACCGCAGGAGAAGCAAGGGACAUCGUCAACCAAUUGGAGAUUGAGGAUCUCCAAGAACCUGGCGGUUUAGGAAGGAUCAUGAGACUUUUGGAUGACGCAUAUGAGAAACGAGCAGAUGAAAGGUUUGAACAGAAGCAGGAGGAGUUCCAAACCUACCGUCGGGCACACGGUGUGUCCAUAGCGGCUUACCUCUCAAAGCUCAAGAGACUCAAAGAUGAGUACUUGAGAGAAGAUACAGAGACAAAAAUCAGCGACAAAAGCUUCGCCCAGAGAAUGCUGGCGAGAGCAGCGUUGUCGAAGCGCGAGCGCAUGGAGGUAUUCUUUGCCUCGGGGGGCAAAUACCGAUCCGAUAGGAUUGAGAAGGUCCUCCGGUUUCGCCAUGCAAACUUGCAUGUUGAAGAAGCUGAGAAGUAUCAAAGCCGAGGAGCACAAGGAGACCUGAGGUACCGCCCCGCGAAGAAGACCUACCGGCAGAGCCGAGGCCAUGGAGGAUAUGGUAAAAGGCGCCACGGUGCCCAUGUGGCCGAAGCUGGCGAAGGAGAGACAAAGGAGGAGGAAGAGUCCUUCGAAGAAGAGGAAGAUGAUGAAGACCUCGACAAUGAAGACCUGGAGCAAGAAGCUUAUCCAGCCGAUGCCCGCGGAGAGCAGUGGGAUGACGAUGAAACAGAGCAGGAAGAAGAAGAAGAGUGGACUGUGCAUGAGCUCAAGGAUGCUUAUGCGGCUGGAUGGAGGGCCAAACAGCAGAGCUCCGAGAUGAGAAAGGGGCGUGGCUACAAGGGCCAAGGCAAGAACAAGAAGGGCAAAGAGAGGCCCCCAGACUUCAGGAAAGUUGAGGAUCGGAAGAAGUCUUCGAAAUGCGCAGCGUGCGGCAAGUAUGGCCAUUGGCGUGGUGACGCCAUUUGCAGCAAGACCCAGAGCGGAGAGGUGCCAGCGAGAUCGACAGGAGCAUCCUCAAAAGGGAGCUCAUCGGUCAAGGAAGAGGCUGGAACCCUCUUUACGACCAAGGAGGAAACAGAAUCUCCAAAGCGAGGAGAUGACCAUGGCCGAGUAAAUGUGUCUAGGGUCAACUGGACCUUCAUGGUUGGCACUGGCGGCUGGGAUCUGCUGGAAGAGUACGAGAGUGAGGAAUCGGGAUCCUCGAGCAGUUCUGAGGAGUUGGCCCCAGCGCUGGUAGCAGCACCGGCUUCUGCUGGACGGCCGCCAAAAAGCAAGAAGACCAAGAUGAAGCUUCGAGCCGUCCUCACGGCCUUGGAGCAAGCUGUUGAGGAUGAAGAAGAAAAGAAGAAGCUCAGGCGAGCACGUCGAAAGCAGAAGGCCAAGAAAGAGGAUGCUGAGAUGGCUGUGGGCCCUGAAGAGAUCUUGGCUAUCCUGCCGAACCUCACCAAGGCCGAGAAGAAGACACUAUUGAAGCAGCUGAUUAAUGAGGAGGAGGAAGACGCCGCACGGCAUGUCCCAGAGGAGUUUCCUGUGCAGAGGAGACAGGGAUAUCAUCAGGCAGAGCCUGUCCGAGGAGCAACAACGAAGUCGCGGGCUGCGCCCAGAACGCCAUCUCUGGCUGCGUCCAGUACACCAUCUCUGGCCGCGUCCAGUAGUGCAGGGCCAAACACAGAAGAUGUACCCUUGCCGGUGAGGAAGAAGCGACUGGAGGAGUUUCGUCGCCAAUUGUACGACAAUGCCUUGAAUGCAAGAGGCAGAAUCCUGCUGUCAGAAGCUUCGGACAUUCCCCGUGGAGCACAAGAAGCAUGCACACAUGACUACUCCCUUCUGAAAUGGGGAGCAAAUGGGUCAGCGCAUUGGGCUGACUGUACCAACUGCAAGUUGAAGAAGGUGCUCUAUUGGAGCAAGAUGCAUGGAAGCCUGAUGGCAAACACGGCGGAGGAUGAGGAGCUUCCCACAAUGGAUCUGAUCCUAGACACGGGAUGCAGGACGGCAGUAGCAGGCCAACGGUGGCACGAAAGAUAUCAACGUCACCUGAGAGCUUUGGGCCUGGAAUGGACCACCGUCGAGCAUGAGGAGAUCUUCCGUUUUGGAGCAGGAAGCCCAGUUUUGUCAACGGAAGCAAAGGUGUACCCGAUUUGGGUUGGAGAAACCAGAUCUUGGCUGCGAUUGGCAGUGGUGGAGUCCGAGAAGGACAAGCGGGUUGCGGACUGUCCAGCCCUUGCAGGACCGUCGGAACUGGCACGAUGGGGUGUGCGAAUGGAUUUUGCAAAGCAAGGAAUAUCCAUCAAUGGAGGCAGCUGGCAGACUUUGAGGUUGUCGCCGUCUCGACACCCCGUGCUGAAUGUCUUGCCCCGCAGGGGUGCCACCAUGGACCAGUGGAGAACGCCAGAUUUGGCGGAGUUGAAGCAGCGACUGGAGGUGGAUCCAUACAGUAUGGCUCUGAUUCAAGAGCAGAUUACAGCGAUCGAGAACGAAAUGGAGCUGGAAGCUUCCAGCGAGGAGGAUUCCCGAGAGACUGUGGAGCUGGACAAUGAAGAAUUUGAUGAGGCAGCGGCCUUGUGGCAAGAAAGGAUGGACGAAGAGGCCAUUCGCAAAUGGGACGAGCUGGGACUGCCGGCAGAGGCGUUCCGAGCUGAUCAAGGUGCCAGCGACACGGAAGAAGGGACCUCUACUGGCACAAUUUCCGAUGCCAACUCAAUUUCGGAAGAAGAUGCCAAUGAUGUCCAAUCAGAGGACAGCGAAGGAAGCAGUGAGGAGUCUACGGAGCAUGAGGCCAUUUUGGUCGCUGAAGCCGGCUGCGCCGACGAAGAAGUGCUCACAAAAGGGCAAAAGAGAAGAUUACUGGCUGCGUCCAAGACCAUUGGGGAGGCUGCGAGUUAUGAGGUGGAUCGCCGGAAGCCACCACUCAGGCGGAGCCUGCGGAUGAGCCUCACCUGGAAGUUGAUCGAGAUCUACACCUGGUCUUGCAUGGUGACCAGAGUGGCAUAUGCCCGCGGAUGGGAGACGUUCGAGCCAGUGACUUUGCCUGGUUGGGACAUCCGAUCUCCAGAAGUCCAACGCCAAGCUUUUGCCUAUCUGGAAAAGAUCGACCCUGAUGUGAUAGUUGUGGCAUGGCCUUGCGGUCCUUGGAGCCCUCUUCAGCGGCUCAACGUCAAGACGCCACAACAGAGGAGAGCGCUGAGAAGGAAGCGCAUAGAUGCCAGGAGGACACUAUUGAGUUUCACGAGGAAAGUGGUCCUGUGGCAGAGGAGGAGAGGCAAAGCUGUGCUGGGUGAGAACCCACAUCCAAGUUUAGCUUGGGAGACCGAAGAGAUUCAGGAGGCAUUUCAUGGAUGUGCCGAAGCUGUGGCGGAUCAAUGCCGCUAUGGGCUUGUUCAUCCAGUGAACAAGGUGCCACUGAGGAAGAGGACGAGAUUCAUGGGCAAUGAAGAGGUGGUAGCACCACUCAGGCUGAAGUGCGACGGAAGCCAUGAGCAUUGGCCAAUAGAGGGCAAGUUCAAGGAUGAGAGUGGGAGAUGGCAAGCUCUCAGUGAAUGGGCUGGAGGUUAUCCCAUUGCACUUUGCAACGCCAUCAUGGAUGGCGCAGAGAACUUUAUGAGGAACCAGCCAAAUGUCCUGGUCGAGGAUCUUGGAGAAGAAGGUGUCAUGUCGGAAGGUGACAUGAUUGAUGGCGAUGAUGCCGUUCGAGAAGAGGAGCAGGUCCUGGAUGAAACACUGAAGAAGGAUGAAGAAGACCUGCAGCAGGAAAUGGAUGACGACCAGAGACAUCCAAUUCCACGAGAAGUGCAGAAGGCUGUGGAAUUUUCCCAUCGCCAACUGGGCCAUCCGUCCAGAAGUACAUUGGUGAGAAUGCUCAAGAUGAGCGGGGCUACGGAUGAUGCAAUCCGCUAUGCCAAGCGCUGGCAGUGGCCCGUAUGUGCACAAAGGGCUGCGCCCAAGCACCCACAAGCGGCUGCGCCGUCGGUGCGACCCUACGGGUUCAAUUUGCAUCUUCACAUCGACAUCAAGUACGUCUAUGAUGCCCGUCGGAAACGCUAUGCCUGCUUGAGUAUGCUGGACCUUGGAACGGUCAAGCACGAUGCGGUGAUGAUCAAGACUAAGCAGAGUCAGUAUGUUGCCCACAAGUUUUUCCGACACUGGAUAUCCAUCUAUGGGCCUCCAGCAAAGAUCACAAUGGAUCAAGGUGGGGAGUUCGAGAAGACCUUUCUGCUCUACCUCGAACAAAUGAGUAUCCCCACGGACAUCACAGCUUCUCAUGCAGGGUGGCAGCUUGCAGCAGGAGAGCGACAUGGAGGUUUGCUGGCAGAUCUGAUGCAGGCGAUUGUGCAUGAGCAUAGCCUGGAGGGCUACCAUGCCAUGAAGGAGGGUUUAGCAGCAGCCGUACAAGCGAAGAACGCUACCCUCACGAAAGAUGGCUUUACGCCCAAUCAACGAGUCUUGGGAUAUGAGUGCAAAUGGCCGACCCUCAAUGAUGAGGAAGUCAAGCUCUCCUUCGCGGAAGGUUUGAGCGUGGAGAGCGAGGUAUCCAGAGCUCAUCGUAUGAGGACCACUGCCAGAGUAGCAUUGAUCAGGAACGACGUGAGAGAAAAGAUGAGGAGAUCAGUGCUGAGAAAACCAGCAGUAUCCCAGUCUGGGCCAUUCGUCCCUGGAGCUCAGAUUUACUUCUGGGUCCCGAGCUCACAGAAGGCCGUGAGGUAUCGGAAGGGAGGCACAUGGCGGGGACCUGCAACAGUGCUCACGAGGGAGAAGAGCAAACGCUACUUCAUCUCAUGGCGAGGAAGGUUACUUCUGGUCGCCGAGGAGAACAUGCGCCUCUCAACGAAAGAGGAGCUUGCUCUAACGGAGGCCGUCAAAGAAGAUAUGGACAAUGUGGGUGAUGCCUUGAGAGACGGCAAUAUCCCCAAUCUCUUUCGAGAUCUCCGACCUCGAGCACCACCUCCAAGAAGGCCAACCCGAAAGAGGAAGCCUGCACCACCAGAGCCUGAGGAAUCAAAGCGUGCCAGGCUGAUGAUGCAGGGUACCAGAGCUGUGAGGAACUUGAUGCAAGACAGAGUACAGAGGGCCGCACAACUACAGCAGCGGAGGACGCGCCAAGUGAGGCUUGGAAGAAGGCAGCGCCAUCAAUCAGCACCUCCAGCAGCAGCGGCUAGUGCAUCAGCACCGGCUGCGCCGGGAGAGGAUGAAGAGGAAAGAACUCUGGCUGCGCCAGCGCUAGAAGAUUCCAGAGAUGUGCCAAAGCGCAGAAGGCAACGAAGGCAACUUGCGCUUGAGGAUAGAGAGCCGGCCGCGUCCGAGCAUGAGGAAGAACAAGAUGAGCCGGCUGCGUCCGAGCACGAGGAACACCAAGCAAUCGAGGAUGUUCCGGCAGAGCCGAGAGCAGAAGAGGUACCAGUCCCUGAGAUUGAGGACUCUGAGGAGGAUGAGGAGCAGCGAGGACAGGCGCCGGCAGCGGCCGCGGGACCUACUGAGGAGGAGUUCCAGGCAGAGCUGGCACGACAGCAGUCAGAGGCACACAGGCGAAUGCUGCUGGAUGAUGUGCCCGCACCACUGAAAAGGAGACUUCAUCAAGAAGAUCAAGAGCCAGCAGCACCACCUGGAAAAAGAGCAAGAGUGACGGAGUCGCUUGUGGUUCAGGUGAUGCUUGGGACUUUGCACACAGAGGAUGGCAGAGCCAAUGAGUGGGUGACUCAAUAUGAGUUGGGCCUUUUGAGGGAGCUGACAGGCCUGCCCCUGACUUCUGCACGACUGCAUCGACAGCCGAGAAAGAAGCUGGCACGGCCACCAAAGUUGGCAAGCAGGGCAAGGCUGAGCAUUCUCAUCGGUCAGGACCCACGAGAUGCCUUUGUGGUGGAAGAGAACACCAAGGAGGUGGAACAGAAUCCACGCCGCAAGGCGAGUUUUCCAUGGCGUGGCAUCUCCAUGUACUACAAGGAAAAGCCUGCGAAUCGAGAUGAGCGGGUGAAAUCCUACGUGGAGAAGGAUGGAGAGAUCUAUGAGGUCAAAUGGAGCCGAAGACAGAGGAGAGCCUUCGAACGAGAAUGGCAGGCUGAACUGAAGGAUGUUUUGCUGAGUCAGGUGAUGCUGCUCAAGAUGAAACAGAGUGGAAAGGAACUGGACCCACGCUUCUUCAAUGAGGAGGAGAAGAAGCUCUUUCGAGAAGCAGAUCGCAAGGAGUGGUCCCAGUGGAUUCAGAAUGGUGUGGUGAGGAGGCUUACACCUGAGGAAAAGGGCAGGGUACAGAAGUACAACGUGUUCCGAUCGCCAAUGAGGAUGGUUCGCACCAACAAGCAGCAAAAGAUGCUGCUGCCGAUAUUGGCCAAGAGCCGAUUGGUGAUUCCUGGACACACAGAUCCCAACUUGGGAUUCUUCAGGACGGAUAGUCCGACUACGUCCUUGACCUCCGUCCGAUUGGCCAAAGCAGUGGGCCAAUUUCGGAACUGGACCGUGUGGUCUUUUGAUGUGACCACUGCGUUUUUGAGUGGUUUGGAGACGCAGCGGGAGCUCUAUGUGAAGGCCCCAGUGGAUGGCCUACCACCCACCGAUGGCUGGGAUGCCGUUCUACCCUAUGAGUUGCUGAGGGUGCUGAAGUCGGCAUAUGGAUUGACCGAGGCACCACGCCUUUGGUAUCUUCGUGCUGUGGAGUUGAUUCAAGACAGCACUGAGGGAGAUCCCAGCAGCUCGAGUCACCCCAAGGAUCCUCGCUACUUCAAGCUCAAGGAGGAACUCAAUAGACUCUUUCGAAUCAAAGAGUGGAAGCAGGUGCCACUUACCUUCUUAGGUGUGGAUAUGCGCACCGGCAAGCGACCUGGCUUGUAUGAUGACAUGAGUGCCUAUGUCAAGGGUAUUAAAGUGCCAGAACCUCAACAGAAGGGAGGUGCUGAUCCCUUGGUGCCGGAGGAUGUGACGCGGUACCGGCAGCUCACUAUGAGGUUGCGCUGGCCGGCUCAGCAAGCCAUGCCGCAGAAGCUCUAUGAGGUGAGUGCCCUUGCGCAGAGGGUGAACAAGGCCACCUAUGAUGAUUUCAAAGAAGCAGUGAAACUGCAUGGGAGUUUUCUGGAGGAGGUUGAGGCGGAGAGAAGUCACCUCUACUACCCGCCUAUGAAAGGAAAGCCCUAUGUGCUGAGCUUCUUUGAUGCGUCGCUUGGAAAGGAAGAAGAUGGAAGGUCGCAACUGGGUGGAAUUCAUUUCUUGACCACCGAUGGUGUGAAGAAUGGUCCACAGCUGGCCAUACCCAUUGAAUAUCAGACUUCCAGGUCGACGAGGGUGGUGAGAAGUUCAAUGGCCGCAGAGAGCAACAGCAUGUCUUUGACGGUUGACCGCCACUUGUACAUCAGGAUUCUUUUGGAUAUCUUGUGGACAGGCAACACUGAAGUCAAAGAGGGUUGGAGAGCGAAGCUCAAGCAUGGAGGAGGCCUGGUGACCGACGCGAGGUCGCUGUAUGACCACCUACAUACAACAGGUCAGAUACCUUCAGAAAGACAAACUAUGUUGGACCUGCUCGUGGCAAAGGACAUGCUCGAGCAGAAGGCAUUCGAAGUCUUUUGGGUACCAACCCACAGGCAGUUCGCUGACAUGCUCACCAAGAAGAUGCGUGGCACCUUGUGGGAGCAGUUUUGUCAGGAGAACACCGUGUCGCUGAAGGAGACCGAAGCAGAACGAAAGCUUGAGGAGCACAGGCAGCGCCUAAGAAAGGAACAACGGCAGCGCCGUAAGAAAAGAUUUGGCAGCGCCAAAACGAGCCCUGGCAGCGCUAGUACAUCGCACAGAACUGGCUGCGCCAGCUAA